CCGCGCGCCGCCCUCUGCUUCUCCGCGGGAAGCGUGUGUCCCGGCUGGAGGUGGAGGACCCGGCCCCGCUCUCCCGGACGUAUAAAGGAGGCUUGCCCCGCUGCUGUCUCACACGCUUCCUCUGACUUCUGUCUGAACGAGAGCAGCUACAAAGAAAAUGUCUGGACGCGGAAAGACCGGCGGUAAAGCUAGAGCCAAGGCCAAGAGCCGCUCCUCGCGCGCAGGACUGCAGUUCCCAGUUGGUCGUGUCCACAGGCUGCUGCGUAAAGGCAACUAUGCGCAGCGCGUGGGAGCCGGAGCCCCCGUCUACCUGGCGGCUGUGCUGGAGUACCUGACCGCUGAGAUCCUGGAGCUGGCUGGAAACGCUGCUCGCGACAACAAGAAGACCAGGAUCAUCCCGCGUCACCUGCAGCUGGCCGUGCGCAACGACGAGGAGCUCAACAAGCUGCUGGGCGGAGUCACCAUCGCUCAGGGCGGCGUGCUACCCAACAUCCAGGCGGUCCUGCUGCCCAAGAAGACCGAGAAGCCCGCCAAGGCCAAGUAGACCCCGAUACCCCCCCACUGCAAAACACACACACACAACGGCUCUUUUAAGAGCCACACACUCCUCAACAAGAGACCAGUUCCUCUUUUAAUCUUAACUAGUUGGACAAGAAAUUACAAACAAGAUACAUUUAUUUUCAUUAUCAAGCAUUUACACUACAUAAUAAAACAUUAUUCACAUUUAAUACAUGGAAAAUAUCAACUACAUGGAAUCCUUAGAAAGUUUCUAAUAACCUGCUUUAAACCAAUAAAACAUCUAAACACAACGUCACUGACUAUCAGCAGCAGCAGCAGCCAGGGAUGGACCAGAGAAAUAACAGCAUGAUAACCCAGAAAUAAAUAAUCUUUGUAUUAGUACAAAGAAGUACAACCACAUUAUCUAGAUGUUAAUGAACUAUCCUUUUAGAAAAUAUUAUGACGUUUCAACUGUUUUAUCAGUUAAUCUGCAUUUUUAAGAUAUUUUAUUUAUUUUUAUCCUGAUGUAAAUUCAUAAAAUAAAUGUAAUAUUUUUCCCUAUUUUUACAGAUGUGAAUGAGCCGUCAUGUUAACUUUG